AUAAUUUGAAUUUUUUUUCCCUAAAACUCGUUAGAAUCCCGUCUCUCACGACGCUCUAGACGCCGCAGUUUUCAUUUCCUGCGCUUGACUAUAACGCAGUGUUUCUGCCGCCGUCCCUCACCGGAACUUGCUUAACAGUUAAUUGGUAGCCAUUUCCAUGGAUGCUGUGGCUGAAACAACAUCCUUCUUUGACACAGCACCUCUUCUGAAAGAUGCUGAAACCAUAACCAGAAAAUUAACCCAAUUUAUUGCUCAUCAAAAUUCUUCUUUAUCAGGCAUUGUGGGGCCUAGAAGGGUUGUAUGUGUGACAUCUGGUGGGACCACUGUUCCUUUAGAGCAACGUUGUGUGCGUUACAUUGAUAACUUUAGCUCUGGGCAUAGAGGAGCAACAUCUACCGAGUACUUUUUGCAAUCUGGAUAUUCAGUCAUCUUUCUGUAUAGGAGGGGAACGUGUCAGCCAUUUUGUAGAUCGCUUCCAGAUGAUGCACUACUCGAAUGUUUCGAGCUUACUGAUGAUUCAUGCAUAAAAGUGCAGGAGUCACAGUCUGAAGUAGUUAAGAGGGCAAUUAAGGAACAUCACAAAGCUGUUUCAGGAGGCAUGUUGCUUAAACUGCCUUUCACAACCAUCUUUGAGUAUCUUCAGAUUUUAAGGUUGAUUGCAACAUCAAUGAAGAUAAUUGGAGCAAGUGGUAUGUUUUAUCUUGCGGCUGCUGUAUCUGACUUUUAUGUUCCAUGGGAGACCAUGGUAGUACAUAAAAUCCAGUCAGCAUCUGGUCCUCUAGAUAUGCGGCUGGCUCAAGUCCCUAAGAUGCUUUCGGUUCUGCGUAAUGAGUGGGCCCCACAAGCAUUUUGUGUAUCAUUCAAGUUGGAGACAGACAAAGAGAUUCUUUUAGAGAAAGCGGAUACCGCUCUUAAAAGGUACAAAAUGCAUGCGGUAGUAGCAAACGAACUUUCGACCCGUAAAGAGGUAGUUAUACUCGUCACUGACAAUGGAAAAGCUUAUGUAUACCGUGAAAAUGACCACUCGGACAUUGAAUCUCCUUUGAUAAAACUACUUGUGGACAAACAUUCGACUUUCAUCAAUGCAUAAACAAUAAACCAGCUAGUGGACGAUGUUUCUCAUAGGUACAAAAGAAAAUCUCAAGAUACAAAACUUGUGAAGAAGUGAAAAGAGCAAAUUUAAGUGUAAAUUGAGGAAACUUGUAUUUUCUGCUCCGAGUUUAUUGGUACUUUUGUAGUUUCAAGAUACAUUUUCUAAAAUCAUUUGUUUUUAUAUAAAACAAGUUCGGAGUUUUAGUUGCAGAAAAA